GUAAUAUGUGCCCUUUAUUCUUUACUGUAUGUGUCUCUGUUUCUUACUGUUUGUUGCUUUGAUUUAUCAGGUGAACACCAGAUGAAAUAAUGGAAAUCUAUUUUGUUCUCACUCUGUUUGUGUUUCUGGUUAAUGGUGUGGUUGGUGAUGAUGUGGUAAAAAUGUCAAUGAUGGAAGGAGAUUCAGUCACUUUGUACUCUGAUGUUACCAAACAACAACAUGACAAGAUGCUGUGGUAUUUUAACAACACUCUGAUUGUGCUGAUCAGUGGAGAACCCAGUAAGAGUUGUGUGUAUUAUGGUGAAGGUUGGAUGUUUAGAGACAGACUAAAGGUGGACUAUGCAACUGGAUCUCUGACCAUCAAAAACAUCAGACCUAAACACAGUGGACGUUAUGAAGCAAAUUUCAUCCAAAACAAGAGCUCAGGAACCAGCCAAAGCUUGAACCAAACCAGCAAGUGUGACGGCACAAAAAUCAUCAGGAAAAUGGUCAACAUCAGCAACACCAUAAAAACAUUCAGUGUUUCUGUCACUGCCCAUUUGUCUGGUCCAGACAAGAUCAGUAAAAAAUCGUACCUUAUGGGGAAAGUAAAAGAGUGUGAAAAGAGACUGUCCCUAAAUCUUAUAGCGGGAAUAUGUGCUGGUGUUGGUGUUGUUCUGCUAAUGGCUGCAGCUGUUGUUGGUGUGAUUUAUUUUUGUUGCAAGAGCUCUAAUAAGGAAGACAUAAAGAAAAACAAGUCUAAGCCACUGCUGAAAGUCCCAGUAUGAGAAGGAGAGAUCUCACAUAAUCAGAGAGAAUUUUAACACAAUCGGCAGAGGUUUUAUUCCCAUUCAAAACAAAUGCCAACAAUCAGGCCAGUUCUUUUUCCUCAAAAAAACAUCAUAAGAAGAAAAUUCGCCUGAUGUGCAUGCACAUGAAAAACCGCUUCUCGGACUGCACACAAGUAGCAAAUUGAGUUCUCUUUUGCAUGUUCUUUAGCAAAUAUACAGAUAAUUAUGUCAAAAAUCUUAUCUUGGCGAGUAUUUUUGUAAACACAGUCAGUUAAGUGAAAGGAAACAGUUAAGAAACUAUCAGAUGUGUGUCAAUAUAACUGUCACAAUCUCCAGCCAGUGUCCCAGAAAAGCCAAUAGAGAGCACUUUUCCCCAGACCACUGCUAUUCAGUCACAGACUACAUUUCCUAUAACCCAUUGCCCACCCUGGCUUAUCAUACCUGAUUGUUUUCACAAGUUGCUUGUUAUCUCAUCAUUCUCUGCCUAUAUAAACUCACUUAUUUUAUUUAUUUAUUUUUUUUAGUUUUCUGUAGUUGUUUGGAUUAUCUGUGCCAUGAUAUGACGUUUGCCUGAUAAUUGUCUAUGAUUGUGGAUUGCCUUUCAAUAAACUACUGUACUUAGAUCUUCAAUCUAAGUGUCUCCAAGCAGUUCAUGACAAAAACGGAUCCAUGCAUACAGGCUUAAAGUGACAGCAGCCUCAUACCUUCUGUUUCCC